CCAUUAAACCAAAAAAGAAGAAGACGACAAAAUGGCGUUUGAUGGAGAGGACGUUAUUGUGGUUAUUAUGGUUCUUUGUUCUUAAUCAGUGCGUACAUGUACACAUAUAUAUGUUUUCAAUAGAGUAACCGUCGUUAAUAACUGUUUGUAUACGGAUACAUUAGUCUGAGCACAUUUUGAAGCUUCUUUAGCUUAGCUUGCUAGUUAGCUUAGCUUGUUAGCUGCUAACAAAGAGAGGUGGAAGUUAUCAACACAUCGCUAAGCAGAGAUCAAGUGUGAGUGUAAAGUGUUGUGAUUGUGUGAAAAUGUGCGAAAGAACGAUAGUAGAGUACGAGGCGGAACUUUGUCCAACAAAAGAGGAGAAGGAGCGACAACAUCAACUACUGGACGCUGUUUUCAAGAAACACCAAGUUGUGUUACACAGAACAGACAUCCAGCAGCCCCCCCACUCUAAAGAGGAAGAUAAGGAAGUGCGGAUCACUCCGGAGGGAAAGUGUCUUCUAGGGCAGGAGGAGGCUGAUCUCACCAAGUUUCCACUGACUGUUGUCUCUGUGAAGACUGAAGACCAUGAAGACAAACCACCUGAGUCCGCACAGCUUCAUCACAGUCCAAACAUCCGGCAGCUGAUUGGAGAUCAGGGAGAACGUGUCCCUCGAUUGCAUGGGGCAUCCUUCACUUUGGAUCAGGAGGCUUCACAGCCCCUCCAUUUUAAUGAAAAAGUGAAGGAGCCACAGCUCACACAUUUUAAAGAGGAAGAGGAGGAGCCACAGCCUCCUCGCCACAAAGACGACUUCAAAGAGCCACAAUGUCAUUUUAAAGAGGAAGAAGAGGAGCCAAAGCCCCCUCAUGUUAAAGAAGAAGAAGAGGCGCCACAUUCCCCUUUUGUUAAAGAGGAAGAGGAGGAAGUGUGGAUCAGUCAGCAGGGAGAGUGUCUUCUUGGCCAGGAGGAGGCUGAUCUCACCAAGUUUCCACUGACUGUUGUCUCUGUGAAGACUGAAGACCAUGAAGACAAACCACCUGAGUCCUCACAGCUUCAUCACAGUCCAGGUGAGGAGAAGAGAGAGGUGGAACCUUCUAGCAGCAGCUCAACUCAACACAUGACAACAGAAGCUGAUGGAGACCACGGUGGAGGAUCACAAGCAGACAAGCUCUUAGCUCCACUAUCAGAUAGUGACGACAUGAUAUCAGACGUCGAUGUAAACAUGGAAUCACACAAAAGAACACACACAGGAGAAAAACCUUUCAGUUGUUCAGUUUGUGCAAAGGGGUUUGUUGUAAAAUCUAGUUUGACUAGACAUAUGAGAACACACGCAGGAGAGAAACCUUUCAGUUCUUCAGUUUGCAGUCAAAGAUUCUCUGGCAAAAGACAUGUGAGGACACACAUUGUAGAAAAAAUGUUUAGUUGUUCAGUUUGUGGUAAAACUUUUGUCAGAAACAUCGAUUUGUCUAAGCACAUGAGAACACACAGAGGGAAAAAACUAUUCCGUUGUUCAAUUUGUGGUAAAAGAUUAGCUGACAAAUGUAGCAUGCAUAUGCACAUGAGAACACACACGGGCGAAAAACCUUUCAGUUGUACAGUGUGUGGGAAAAGAUUCCCUAACAGAAGUAACACUCAAAAACACAUGAGAAGACACGCGGGAGAACAACCUUUCAGCUGUUCAAUUUGUGGUAAAAGAUUCUCUGACAGAAGUAAUAUUCAAGCACACAUGAGAACACACACAGGAGAAAAACCUUUCAUCUGUUCAGUGUGCGGUAAAAGAUUCUCUGUCAAUAGUAGCAUGCAAAUACACAUGAGAACGCACUCAGGAGAAAAACCUUUCAGCUGUUCAGUUUGUGCUAAAAAAUUCUCUGUCAAAUGUAGCAUGCAAAGACACAUGACAAUACACACAGGACAAUAACUGUUCCUUUUUGGACCCAAUAGUUAUUAAAGGUCUAUUGCAGGGCUUCUCUAAAGUCCAGACUUCGGUCCAGAUUAGCCAGUCAGGACUCAGCCAGCCCACCUUAUGCCAUGAAUUACAAAACACUAUCAAGUUUCUGUGAAGCGCUUGUUCACAGUAAAUCAAUAGAUGAUUUUUCAUUUUAAGUUAAAUUGUUUUAAGAUACAAUUCACAGUGAUUUGUAACUUGCCUAAAGUAAAAUAUUUCAAGUAAAAAAUGUAGCAAGUCUACUGCCGGCUUGCUUAUGUUACCAUUAGUGGUUAAACAUAACAUUUUUAAAUGUCCAUACUUUUCACAAUAACUUAUUAUAUUGAAUAAAAACCACAGUCCAACAGAAGUAGCUAACUAUUUACAGUCAUGUUGUUGUAAUGAUAGAAUUUAUAAACAAUGAUAGCACAUUUUGCAUUGACCUGAUGUUUUAUUUUAGCAAGUGGCUCAGAAUGCAUCUUAAAGUCUGUUGAAAAAACACGUUUUCAAUCUUUUGAUCGACCAUAAUAAUGUAAUGAAUGUAAAUUUUUAAAAAAAUACCUCAAGUUAAGAGAUAGACCGUUGAACAGGACUGGCUCAUUACUUUGUGUUUUAUUUAGUGUGCUGUUUAACUUUGUUCCUGCAUAGCUUUACCAAUGCCUUGGGUGCAUUCCCCAGCUGCACUAUAGAUUUUGCUUUGUUAUUAAAUAUACAAGCCACACUCACCUGAGCCUGACAUGCAAAUGCAACAAGAGUGAGCAACAGCGGGACGUAAGUAUGCUGACAGAAAACUUACAAUUCAACAGCAGUAUACUGUAUACUCGUCUGACAAAUAGGUCAGAAGCCUUAAAAAUGCAUACAGAAACUCCACGCCCUCUUAGGCCUUUCCCCAACACAGCUUAUUGCGGUCUUGCCCCUCAUAAUUGUGUUGGCGUGAGGCUAAAGCAAGACCAGUUGUACCGG